AAUAAAUCUAGAAGGCGGAAAUUUCCAUCGUAACACGCUUUUGAAAGUUGAAGCUUCUCCUCUUCAUUACAAAACCUUUCGCCGCUUUCCCUCUGCCGCUUUCAAUUCAAGAGUAUUUGCAUCAAUGGCAACGAUGUAUUGCUGCAGGGAGUGCGGCGCCAAUCUGAACCUCCACGGCGGCCACCUCUAUCCGCCGGACUUUUAUUUCGAGGCCGGCAACAAAAACACCCUCUCCUUCUCCGCCGUUGAUUCCUCCAAGUUCAGGUUCGAGAAAGAAGACAAACUUAGGCCCUUCUUCGAGACUGUCAAUUACUGGGGCAUUCAGAGGAAACGCACCAAGAUCAAGUGUAACAGUUGUGGGAAACUGGUGGGUUAUAUUUACGACGAUGGACCGCCGUUGACUGAUAGCAAUGGGCAGUUGGGGUUCGGCCCGAGUCAGGUUGUGCCUAGAAACCCUAGGUACAGGUUCAAGAACAAGGCUUUGGCCAUUAAUUCUCAGACUUGAUUAAUUUUGUCUUGUUGUUUUGGGUACUUUUCCUGAACGGGUUUUGUAAUGAUGAUCAGGGGCUUCGUGGGCUUUGCUUAAACGGGCUUCGUUUUGUAUAUUUGAUGUACGUUAUUCAUGAAAUAAAAUUCAUAUAUCUUUGUGAUAUUAUAA